GCAGGUAAAGGCAGCUUCUUAGUCAGCCAGCGAGUUGGCAGGUGGGUUGGGGCUCGCUGGUCAACUCAUUUAUUUUAAGCAGCCAGUUUGGGGGUACUGCAGGAUAAUCAGGAGGGCCGUGGGGAGUCAAGAGGUGACCCGGGAUGCCGGUGGUGGAGAAAGAAAAGAGGAGCCUCGGGAAGCUUGGAGGCACAAUUGCGCUUGGGUUCCUGGUCCUUGCAUCCCUCCUGCCUUGAGUGCGGGAGAACACUUUUUUUAAGACUCACCUUGGCAAGAAAACCUCCGUCCUAGGGGAGAAGGAGAGGCGUCUUCUGCAGGGGGCAGAGACCGCAGCUACCUGCCGGGUGCGCCCCCCACCCAGGAGCGCUCGCUUCGCCCCCUUUCCUCCCCCGCCCCCACCUCUUUAUUGGUGCUAGUUUGCAGCGCCCAGCUCCUGCGCCUUCGCUUUGCGUUUGAAUCUGGCUCGCCCCUUCGUAUUAUGUCUGCACUCCGAAGGAAAUUUGGGGACGAUUACCAGGUAGUGACCACAUCGUCCAGCGGCUCGGGCUUGCAGCCCCAGGGUCCAGGCCAGGACCCUCAGCAGCAGCUUGUGCCCAAGAAGAAGCGGCAGCGGUUCGUGGACAAGAACGGCCGGUGCAAUGUACAGCACGGCAACCUGGGCAGCGAGACGAGCCGCUACCUCUCGGACCUCUUCACCACGCUGGUGGACCUCAAGUGGCGCUGGAACCUCUUCAUCUUCAUUCUCACCUACACCGUGGCCUGGCUCUUCAUGGCAUCCAUGUGGUGGGUGAUCGCCUACACUCGGGGCGACCUGAACAAAGCCCACGUCGGUAACUACACGCCUUGCGUGGCCAAUGUCUAUAACUUCCCUUCUGCCUUCCUCUUCUUCAUUGAGACCGAGGCCACCAUCGGCUAUGGCUACCGAUACAUCACAGACAAGUGCCCCGAGGGCAUCAUCCUCUUCCUCUUCCAGUCCAUCCUGGGCUCCAUCGUGGACGCCUUCCUCAUCGGCUGCAUGUUCAUCAAGAUGUCCCAGCCUAAGAAGCGCGCCGAGACCCUCAUGUUCAGCGAGCACGCGGUGAUCUCCAUGAGGGACGGAAAACUCACGCUUAUGUUCCGGGUGGGCAACCUGCGCAACAGCCACAUGGUCUCCGCGCAGAUCCGCUGCAAGCUGCUCAAAGGAUGACUUGUCAAGCUCGAACAUCAUAUACUGAAGAUGAAGUUCUUUGGGGUCACCGUUUUUUUCCUGUAAUUUCCUUAGAAGAGGGAUUCUUUAAAGUUGAUUACUCCCAGUUCCAUGCAACAUUUGAAGUCCCCACCCCACCUUACAGUGUGAAAGAGCAGGAGGAAAUGCUUCUCAUGUCAUCCCCUUUAAUAGCACCAGCCAUAACUAACAGCAAAGAAAGACAUAAUUCUGUGGAAUGCUUAGAUGGACUAGAUGAUAUUACUACAAAACUACCAUCUAAGCUACAGAAAAUUACUGGAAGAGAAGACUUUCCCAAAAAACUCUUGAGGAUGAGUUCUACAACUUCAGAAAAAGCCUACAGCUUGGGAGACUUGCCCAUGAAACUUCAACGAAUAAGUUCAGUUCCGGGCAACUCAGAAGAAAAACUGGUAUCUAAAACCACCAAGAUGUUAUCUGAUCCCAUGAGCCAGUCUGUGGCUGAUUUGCCACCAAAGCUUCAAAAGAUGGCUGGAGGAGCAGCUAGGAUGGAAGGGAACCUUCCAGCCAAAUUAAGAAAAAUGAACUCUGAUCGCUUCACAUAACAAAGCACUCCCUUAGGCAUUAUUUAAUGUUUGAUUUAGUAAUAGUCCAAUAUUUGGCGAUGAGGUAAUUCUCCCUAAGGAAUCUGAAAGUAUAUUUUCCUCCCAGUUCUACAAGCAUAUUUGAGAACCCUUCCUUUCCCAAGUAUUGCUAAUGUGCAGAAAGCAACAGUUACGGAGGGAGGACAUCAUAAGGAAGUUAUUAACGGGCAUGUAUUAUCACAUCAAGCAUGCAAUAAUGUGCAAAUUUUGCAUUUAGUUUUAUGGCAUGAUUUAUAUAUGGCAUAUUUAUAUUGUAUAUUCUGGAAAAAAAUAUAUAUAUAUAUAUUUAAAGGGGAAAUACUCUCCCCGACAUUUCUAACAUAUAUAUUAAGCCAAACAUGAGUGAAUAGUUUUCAGGGCGAUAAAACUAAAUAUAUGUCUGUGUGUGUGUGUAUGUAUACACACAUAUACAUAUAUAUAUAUACAUACAUACACAUACAUACAUACAUACAUAUAUAUCUGAUAAAAUUGUGAUGUUUUGUUCAAAGUUGUAGUUCUUGUGCAUGUUUACUUUAUUAGAGUAGGAAGGCUACUGGCAUUAAUUAUUAAUACCAAAUAUUUUAGCCUUAAAUUUUUGUCAUUUUAAAAUCUGAUUUAAUGUUUUCUGCUGUUUAAGGUCCUGGGAGGCUUUCAAUUGUAUUUUAUAUGAGAGAAUCACACAAGUUUGUGCUAUCUAUGGCCCUGCAAAAAUAUAACCAUUACAUGUUUAAAUUGUAAACUUUAGAGCAUACCAGUACUCAGUAUAGCACCGAACAUUUCUUAUGAUUUUUAAAAGUUGCUAGUACUGGGGAGAAAUAAUUAUUGAUUAAUUUGAGAAUCAUUCCUUUCCUAGACUAAUUAAAAUCUGGAAAUCUAUUUUGUAUAUGAUCUAAUACAAAGAUGAGCUCUGAACAAACACUGAAUCAUGUUAUUAGACAGUAGCCAGGUUAUAUUGAAUAUAUCAGAAUCUGUGUGAAGUUAUACAAUUAAUGGUCCCUGUUUUCAAACUGAGUAAAUUGGAAACAUUUUCAUUCCUUUUCUGGAAAUUUUGUCCAUUUUAAAGACCAAUCAUUUUAAGAAGACAUGACAAUGCAAUGAAACAGAUGAUAAAUAUUUAUGCUUAAAAUAUGUAUGUCUAUUUGAGUCUCUUUUUAACUCUGUUUUCUUGUUUAUGGCAUUUGUUGUAACAGGAUAGACUUUUUCCUCACCUGGGGAACCUAUCCCAUGCUUGUCACUUAUAGUUCAGGAGGAAGUUUUUGCACAGACCAGAGAGAAAUUAAAAUUAGAUAAAUUGAAGAUAUCUUACACACAGUUUUUUGGUGAACACUGAUUUUAUUGGUGUCUUGGAUCCCUGGUCUACCCAAAUAAUUUUAACAGUACUGUUUUUUCUAAUCCUGAAGUCUGAUAUUUAUGACUUAUAAGCAGGAAUCAAAACUAGUGAUCAAUAGAACAUUUUCAAAAUAAAAAUUUGGAAUGCAGAGACUUUUAUGAAAAUGUAAAAGUGCUCCUUAACAGAAUAUCAUGGGUUUUCCUAUAAAACUUAAGUAUUUAUAAUUUAAGUCUGCCCCAAAUUUUAAAAAGUUCUCAUUAAUAUGUAAGUCAUUAAUUGCUAGUUUGGGCUCUCAUUAUUUCCUAUUUUUUAACAAUUUUGUGAUAAUUUUAUUAUUGGCAAAUUAAUACAUCACUUAAAUCACUGACUAUAAUAAUACCUUCUGGCUACCUCUGUAUCAACCAAAUUCUGUAGGUGCAAACAUAUACCAGGGAAUUCUUACUGGCAAAAUGAUCUAUCUUGAGUGUGCAUCCACUGUGAAUGGAGCGAACUGCCCUAUACCCAUUGAUAACCAAGCUUUCUUAUUUUGUGGAUGUAGGAAACAAAAUAGUGAGAGAGAGAGAAAGGGGUACACAGGGCAUGGUAUAUUGAUCAGCAGUGGGAAAAAAGUGCAUAGAUCAUUUAGUCCAAGAACUUAAAACUAAAUAGAGCCAUAAUUUACUUUGGAGAGUCAUUUUAAUUUGUCUUUGGUACCAACGAGAAGACAGAGCCAAAAACAAACUCUCCAAGUGUAUUCACACUUUCAACAAAAUUUUUGCAUGCCUUCUAUGUCGUAGGCAUUUUUAGUUCCUGGGGAUUUGGACAUAGCUAAGUCAGAGGAGGCUGUUGCUCACCAUGAACACUGUAUACCAGAAGGAGAGUGGGGAGGAGACAAACAACAAAUAAGACCACUUCAGACAAAGUAUCAGUUAAGAGAAGAAAACAGGCCUGACGCAGUGGUUCACGCCUGUAAUCCCAGUACUUUGGGAGGCCGAGGUUGGGGCAUCACCUGAGGUCAGGAGUUCAAGACCAGCCUGGACAACAUGGUGAAAUCCCGUCUGUACUAAAAAUGCAAAAAUUAACUGGGCAUGGUGGCAGGCACCUGUAAUCCCAGUUACUGGGGAAGCUGAGGCAAGAGAAUCGCUUGAACCUGGGAGGCAGAGGUUGCAGUGAGCCGAGAUUCUGCCACUGUACUCCAGCCUGGGUGACAGAGCAAGACUCCAUCUCAACAUCUAAAAAAAAAAAGAAUAAAAACAGGGUAACAUAAUGCAAAGUAACUGUGUGGGGUAAAAAUUGAUUAUUUUAGAAAAAUGUCACUGGCUUAGGACAGGGAUAAUAUGUGAACAGAAAUCUAUCUGAUGAGAAAGAGCUACUGUUGUUGAAAUUACCUUAUCUGAGUGAAUGGUGUUUUUUUUUUAUCUUUUCCACACAUGCGUGGGAAAGGUAUGAUUUCUGCAUGUAAUUGCAGUUUAACCCUUAUUUCUAGGUUGAUCGUAGGUCCCAGUUUACCCAGGAAGAUUCCAGUUUAUACCUGUUGUACCUGUGUAAUUAUUGGUAGCACUCCCUUUCACUCUUACAAUGUCUUGGUUUGGAUGAUAUAUGGUGAAGUUUUUGUUGAAACUAAAUUAUGAAGUCUGAUAUAUUUGGAUAAAAAUAAAGAAUUGCUUUUCUUCUCCUUUUGCUGAUUUUUUGAUACAUCAUUCUAAGCAAAAUCAUCUCAGCUUCAUAUAUUUCAGCCUGAAGUAGUUCUUACCAAAGUUAUUUCAUGUAACACUUGUUCAAUAUGUUCGUGACAUGCCUUUCAGUAAUGAAAAGUUAUGCAUUUUGUUGAAUGAAUAAAAACCUAACCUCUGCUAUUUCCAUUUCUGGAAGUUGUAAGAGCUCACAUUAAAGAAAGUAAAAGUCAAUUUAAGCCAA